AUGAACAAACUCAGCAUCUGUGAGUGAGAUACAAGACUUCGAGAGAGUGUGUGUCAAUUUAGUGAAGUCCAGUAUCGCUUGUAAUCUCGUUCGGGCCAGUGAUUUUCUAACCACCGCAAUUACGAUGGCCAUUCAUUGAAGCUGUCACCCUGAUUGAAUGGAGAAUAAGCGGAAAAAAGUGCUACAAAGCUAUAGAGUUGGUUGAAGGUGGCAGUAUUCGCAACAUUUGAAUGACAAUAGCACUCUGUGUGGUUCGGUGAGAACAAACUCGCUGGCGAUUUGCUCAACUGGAAAGAUUCUUUCACGGCCUGCUGCUGUGUGGGCUGUUUUUCUCCAUCUCCAUAGUGAUGCCGUGGAACUAAUCGCCAAUCUGUAGAAUCAGUGGCCAACUGCGCUGUUCUGUUUGUUGUAUGCGACCGUCGGUGGGAAUGAGCCAGAGGAGGAGCACUGCGAUGAUUAUGUUAUUCAGUACAGUGAACCAAGCAAGCUGUUUUUACGGAAGGAAAGCCUACUUUACCCUCGCCAUAGCAGGCAGCUCCAAUAGCUGCUCUACCUAGCCAUAUUGUUAUCAGCUAGUGUAUUGCAACAUUGCAGCCAAACGCUAAUCUACCCCUGUUUCUAUAAUCAGGGCUGGAAUAGGAAGAAGGGAGAAGGAACACGUCACAGCGAACGUACCGUAGAAUAGGCGACAAUGGUAAACCGUAUUCAAAAUUAAUUUAAACUAGUUCCUAGCCCGACAGCGAACAGAUUAGAGAAAGCAAUUGGAAAGGAAGUGUCAACAUCAGAUAUUGUGAAAAAAAAAAUCUGUUUUGUGUAGAAUUAGAGUUAAGUGAUAGUUUUUAAGUCUAAACAGACGCAGUCAUGAUUCUACGGCAACUGAUGGGACUGAACACCUGGGUCCGAGUCCUGAUAGCAUUUAUCUCGGUGUGGGUGAUACUGGUUUUGGUUUUCUAUUCCAAACUGAAUACCGGCAGCGCUAGUGAAAGUGAGGAUGCCAUCCGGCGACUAAACCAAGCCCUGACAUAUUUGGAAAAAUCCAAACAGGUAGAUCAGGAGCUGCGCGGCCUGAUAGAUGAAUACCUCAGCGAUCAAUCGUACAAUCGAAAGCAAAAGUUCAUUGACGAACUGGGAAACAAGCUUCAGAUCCAAGGUGGGGGAGCGGGCCGAUUCAAGGGCGUUCCCUCGCUGGAGUACGAACAACUGCGUCGGCGGGUGUACAGUAACACCCAGGAGCUGUGGAAUUUCCUACAUUCUGAAACUGCAAAACUUGCCAAAACGGCACGACGAAACACUCCGGAAAUCUACGGACCUGCCGAGAACUUUCUUGCCCUAGCGGCGGAGCAUAAACGUUCCCUGCUGAACGACAUCAACCUGAUGCGAGCAAGCGAUGGGUAUGAGUUCUGGCGGUACAAAGAAUCCAAGGAUCUCAGUGAUCUGGUUCAGAAGCGACUGACGCAUUUGCAGAACCCCGAAGAUUGCAGCUCGGCAAAGAAGCUGAUCUGUCGACUCAACAAAGGCUGUGGUUAUGGGUGUCAGUUGCAUCACGUGGUCUAUUGCUUCAUCAUGGCGUACGCCACUGAACGGACCCUGAUCCUGAAAUCGAAAGGAUGGCGCUACCACAAAGCCGGGUGGGAAGAGGUAUUCCAACCCAUUUCCGAUACCUGUCUUAGUUCGGACGGGGCCACUCAUGCCAGUUGGCCGGGAACACCGGAAACGCAAGUCCUCACUGUGCCAAUUAUAGACUCGCUGAAUCCGAGACCGCCGUACUUGCCACUGGCCAUUCCAGCCGAUUUGGCACCACGAUUGAUGAAACUACACGGGGAUCCUAUCGUGUGGUGGAUUGGACAAUUUUUGAAGUACCUGUUGAAGCCGACCGGCGAGACGCGACAAAUGCUGGAGAACGGGAUUGAGAAGUUGGGCUUCAAGAAGCCGAUCGUUGGGGUUCACGUCAGACGUACCGAUAAGGUCGGCACGGAGGCAGCAUUCCAUGGAAUUGAGGAGUAUAUGCAGGCCGUCGACGACUAUUAUGACCAGGUGGAAAUGGUGGAAGCCAUCGACAAGCGGAGAGUUUUUAUCGCCAGUGACGAUCCCAAGGUAAUCGACGAGGCAAGAUCCAAGUACCCGCACUACGAAGUGAUCGGUGAUCCGGACGUGGCCAAGGUGGCUGCCGUGUCCACCCGCUACACCGAUUCAUCGCUCAACGGCAUCAUACUGGACAUCCAUCUGCUCUCGCUGAGUGACUACCUCGUGUGUACGUUCAGCUCGCAGGUGUGCCGAGUGGCAUACGAAAUCAUGCAAACCCUGUACCCGGACGCGUCCAACCGAUUCAAGUCGUUGGACGACAUCUACUACUAUGGCGGCCAAAAUGCUCACAAUCGAGAGGUGAUCCUGCCUCACAAUCCGAAAAAUCACGACGAAAUCCACAUGCGCAAAGGUGACCUCAUCGGUGUGGCCGGAAACCACUGGAACGGUUUUUCCAAGGGCAAGAACGUCCGCAUCAAUCAGGUGGGACUUUUCCCAUCAUUCAAAGUUAACGAUAAAAUCGAAGUGGUGGACCUACCGACGUAUCCCAACGUGAAGUAAGUCCUUGUGCCGGAAGAACAAAACGGAAGCGAGAAUUGAUUUUUUCUAUGUGAUAGAUGGUGUAAAAUAAUGAAUAAUUUAAAUGUGACAUGCGUCAAACAAAAAUAAUAAAAAAAAUUAGACAAAAUCUACCGAACAAAAUCAGCAGAAAACCCAGAACAAACGUUUAAAUUUAUUAAUUUAUAAGAAAAAUGAUAGGGAAGUAACGAUGUCAAAUGAUGUGCAAAGCAAGAACCCGAAACUGAAAACAACCUACCAACCAUGUAAGAAGCAUUAAUUUAUACAAAGUUACAAAGAAAGAACGAGCAGUAAAAGCAAUUAUGUAACAGA